AUGGUUUUCAGCGUAGCCCUUCUAAUAGUAAUCUGUAUAUCAAACAUUGGUGAUGAUGUUCUCUUCCUUGUUGUCUAUGUGGAUGACUUGAUCAUUACUGGCAGUUCAACACAUUUGAUUACAGAAAUCAAACGAGACAUGUUUCGAAUGCAAGAUUGCAAACUUGCUUUCACACCUAUGGAGACAGGACUGAAGUUGUCAACCAAGUAUGAUUCUCCUCUUAUAGAUGAAACACAAUUCAGGGAACUAGUGGGCAAUCUCAUCUAUCUUACUACUACUAGACCUGAUCUUAGUUUUGCAGUGAGCUACAUUUCAUGCUUCAUGACAACCCCCAAAGCUAAUCAUUGGGUAGCAACGAAGCGUGUGCUACAUUAUGUGAAGGGCACCUCUGAUUAUGGACUUUUUUACACUAAGAGUCAUGAUCCUACACUUAGUGGCUACACAGAUUUAGAUUGGGCAAGUUCAGUUGAUGACAGGAAAUCAACCUCUGGAUAUGUGUUUAGCUUGGGAUCUUGUGCAGUCAUAUGGACUAGUAAAAAGUAG